AUGUCCAAGCUUCUCGCUGGCACUCCUCUGAAGCUCAAGGACGGUUCUGAGGUCGACGCCGGCUCGUACCUGGAUGGAAAAGUUUUAUUUUUAUUUUUCAACGCUUCAGUUUUUCCUGUGAUUCAGGUCGUCGGGCUCUAUUUCUCCGCUAGUUGGUGUCCACCUUGCCGCGGCUUCACUCCCAAGUUGAAGGUACUAGGCACUUUGUAACAGUCUUUCUCCGAAUAACCCAGUUGAUGAUGAUCAUUUAUAAUAUUAAAAAUGAAAAAUUUUCAAGGAGUUCUACGAGAAAAUCAAAAAGACGCACCCCGAGUUUGAAGUUGUGUUCGUGUCGAGAGAUCGCGAGUCUGAUUGUCUGGUCAACUACUUUUUGGACCACAUGGGCGAUUGGACCUACAUUCCUUUCGGAAACGACCAAAUCCAGUAAUAAUCAGUGGUAACUUAUGAAUGUCAGAUGUACUUUUAGAUAUAUUUUGUCAAAGUACGAAGUAAAAACUAUUCCGGCGAUGCGAGUCAUCAAGCCUGACGGACAAGUUGUUGUGAAAGACGCUCGAACCGAAAUUCAGGUUUGCUUCCGUUUUCAUAGAAAUGUUAGGUUCCUCCUGCGAAUUUCUCCAAAGAAGUUGAUAUAAAUUGACUUUACAGGACAAGGGAAUCGAAGAUCCUGAAGCUCUGUGGGAGGAAUGGAUGGCUUUCUACGACUAA